GGUCAAUCUUCCUCUUGCCUUCCAGCCCCCCGAGCCAAGUAAGCCUCUUCCUCUUCCUUAGCUUUUUCCUUUCGUUCUUCACUUUUGUUUCCGGUCAAUGUCUUCUUCCGAUAGUCAGGAUAUUUCCGCCUCAGAUGCCCGCGCAUUUGAGGAAUCUCUUUCUUCUUCUUUGACCGGGUCGUCUUCUCCCAUUCCUCAACCCCGGUCGAUUCCAAACCCUAAUAUCCCUGAGCCACAGCCGGUAAAUCAAAUGCUCGGUCAGGUUACCCAGGAGAGGGGUGAACCGGUCGAAGAUGAGCCGGCCUCCUAUGACCCUGACAACGAGUCAUAUGAGGCAUGGGUGGACCGGCUAGAUGCAGCCGGUUACUUUCCUCUCCCUUCCAGCUACCCGCUAGACAUCUAUCCCCGGGUCUCUAAGAUUGCUCAAAAUAAAGCCCGCAGGAAUCUUCCGGAUGGGUAUGUUCUUGAGUAUGACCCCACUUGGCCCAACAUUAUUGAGCCUCACCGGGAUGAUAGGGUAGGGUUCCAUAUCAUCUCCCUGGAGAGUGGCACGGUCUUCCCCCUUCGCCCCCUCCUGGUCGAGUUGUGCCACUGUUUCAAGAUCCUCCCCGGGCAAAUUAAGCCCAAUGCCCACCGUUUCCUUAAUGCCUUUGUAAAUAUCUGCAUCCAUCUCAAAAUCGACCCUUCUCUUCGUUUUUUUCUCUACUUGUUUGAAGUUCUUCCCGCGGGGCACGGGGGACCCUCCUCGGGCAACACUGCGGAGGCCAGAGGCCCAAGUCACCCAGACAUGAACUUCAGAGCCUACCACAUGCCGAAGAGAACCGGUGGAACUUCUGCUACCGGUCCACAUACCUCCAAGACAUUUCCGGUCCAGAAGGAAACUAUUGAGGUCCACUCUGAAGAGGAAACUCCUGAGACCGGGGGAGCUUCUCCGACCGGGAAGGAACCGGCGAAUUCUCCCCCCAACAAAGGAAAGGGGAAGAAGAGAGUGAAGCAUACGGCCACAACUCAUCCGUCGGCCAAGAAGAAAAGGGGGGAGAACACCCCGGCCGAAGAAUCACUGGAGGAGCUCUGGGUCAAAUUGACCCUCAAACUGAAAGGGAUGGGUGAAAUUAGGCCCGUCGCCCUGGAGCAACUUACUGAAGAUUCCUCCUCCUGGUUAGCCCAGCUGGAGGAAAAAUUGAGGAGAUUCGAGGCCUACAACCGGGAGCUUAAGGAGUUGACGGCCCAGCAGGUGGACGAGAUGGCUAACCUUUCGGCGAUCGCCGAAGGGGCCAAGGUGGAGACCCUCCAGCUUAAGGAGGAAAACCUGAAGCUGAUGGGGGACUUAGAGUCCAAGGAGCGGGAGUUUCCCGGUAAGGCCAGACAUUGGAUGGAGGAUAACCUGGUGGAGGCUGCCCGGGUGCUCACCUCUUCUGAAGAGAGGACGAUGGAGGGCUUCAAGCUUCUGUACCGGGAGGAGCAAGGAAAAGAAAUGAUCACCCAAAUUGGCUCCUACGGUUUUAUGUCUGGCCAAAAACGUGACCGGGAGGCUACCCAUGCGGUCCUUGCCGAACGGUUUCCGGAUUUUGACGCCGAAGCAUAUGGACUGGCCCCCAUCCCGGACGACGAGCCUGCACCUCCCUUCCCCUUGAAUUGAAAAUCUCCCCGGCUGUGCCCGGUUAUUUUUUGUAAACUUGAAACUGGAAAUUUCCCCAGGGAUGCCCGGCGUACUUGUAAACAAUUAAUUUUCUUGCUUUGUUUGAAUGCAAUGCUUAAUUUCCGUGCCGGUUAACCUUCCAUAU